GCUGGGGCGGCGAUGGCGGAGGCGGAGCGGGCAGCGCCGCCGCCGCUGGCGGAAAGUUCCCGGGACGGGGCCGAAGCGGAGCUGUCCCCCGGCAUGGAGCGGCGGCCCGAGCCCGAGGAGGCGGCGGCAGCAGCGGAGGAGGAGGAGGAGGCGCGCCCUGCCUCGCCGCCGUUCUUCCUCCUCUACCCCGGCCAUGGAGGCGGCGCCGCGGCCGCGCAGCCCGGGCUGUGGAGACCCCCGGCGCCCCGCGGCGGGGCCGCGCUGCCCGUGCUGGUGCUGAGCUACCCGGGGCCGGACGGAGCCCACUCUUGGGAGGAUUUGACAGAUGUGGUGGAGCAAUUGCGCGAUGAUUCCGAAGACCCGAAUUACCUCAUGGCUAACGAGCGCAUGAACCUGAUGAACAUGGCCAAGCUGAGCAUCAAGGGGCUGAUCGAGUCGGCGCUGAACCUGGGCCGCACGCUGGACUCGGACUACGCGCCCCUGCAGCAGUUCUUCGUGGUGAUGGAGCACUGCCUCAAGCACGGCCUCAAAGCCAAAAAGACUUUUCUUGGGCAAAAUAAGUCAUUUUGGGGACCUCUAGAAUUAGUAGAAAAACUUGUUCCUGAGGCUGCAGAGAUUACAGCAAGUGUUAAGGAUCUCCCGGGGCUGAAGACACCUGUGGGCAGAGGAAGAGCUUGGCUUCGCCUGGCUCUGAUGCAGAAGAAACUUUCAGAGUACAUGAAAGCCUUGAUUAACAGAAAGGAUCUUCUCAGUGAAUUUUACGAGCCCAAUGCACUGAUGAUGGAGGAGGAAGGUGCCAUCAUUGCUGGCCUUCUCGUAGGUCUGAAUGUUAUUGAUGCCAACUUCUGCAUGAAGGGAGAGGACCUGGAUUCCCAGGUUGGAGUUAUCGAUUUCUCCAUGUAUUUGAAAGACGGGAACAGCACAAAAGGCAGCGAAGGAGAUGGUCAGAUAACUGCUAUUUUGGACCAGAAGAACUAUGUAGAAGAACUCAAUAGACAUCUAAGUGCUACAGUAAACAACCUGCAGGCCAAGGUGGAUGCCUUGGAGAAAUCCAACACCAAGCUGACCGAGGAGCUCGCAGUUGCCAACAACAGGAUCAUUACACUGCAGGAGGAGAUGGAGCGGGUUAAGGAAGAAAGCUCCUACAUCCUGGAGUCCAGCCGUAAGGCCACCAAGGACAGAAGUGCUGACGGGCAGGCACUGACUGAGGCACGGAAGCAGCUGAAGGAGGAGACUCAGCUGCGCCUGGAUGUGGAGAAGGAGCUGGAGGCGCAGAUCGGGAUGCGGCAGGAGAUGGAGCUGGCCAUGAAGAUGCUGGAGAAGGAUGUCUGUGAAAAGCAGGAUGCACUGGUGGCACUCAGGCAGCAGCUGGACGAUCUCAGGGCUCUAAAGCAUGAACUGUCGUUCAAGUUGCAGAGUUCAGACAUGGGAGUGAAACAGAAGAGUGAAUUAAACAGCCGCUUGGAAGAAAAAACAAAUCAAAUGGCUGCCACCAUCAAACAGCUGGAACAAAGUUCAUGUGGCUCAAAUCCAGAUUGCGACAGGCAGAGAAGGACCGGCAGCUGGCCCUGCAGGACAACCGGCUCUUCAAGCAGGAGUUUGGGGACAAAAUCAACAGCCUCCAGCUGGAAGUGGAAGAGCUCUCCAGGCAGCGGUGAACAGACCCUUUUCCAACCUCUUUUCUGGGCUGUUGGUGCUGUGUCCAGGGGAGAGCAGGCGGGGUGGUGGCAGAGGGAAACAGGGGAUGGAGAAGGGAGUCAUGUGUUAGAUGCCACCAGGUGUAGCUCCAGGGAGGGAAAUCCUUGGUAACAUCACUUGGACACUGGCACAGGCUGCCCAGAGUAGUUGCAGAUGCCCUGUGCCUGGAAGUGGUCAAGGCCAGGUUGGACAGGGCUUGAGCAGUCUGAUCCAGUGGAAGGUGUCCCUGCCCAUGGCACAGCAUGGAACAAGAUAGUCUGUAAGGUGUUUGGCAAUUCAAACCUUCUGUGAUUCAGUGAUACUUGGGAAUCCAAAGCUAAUAUUAACAGCUACUCCUGGGCAGGGAUUGAGCAGCCAAGUCUCUGCCUGGAGCAAACACUGCAGGUGGUGGAGCAAGGGCAAUGGUUGAUUUUGGUUGUCUUAUCUAACACACAGUACUUUGACAUGGAUUUUUGCCUGUUGAAACUGCUCUCAGUUUUGCUGGAAGUCAAAACAGAGACCUUGUCAAAAGCCAUCACAUCUUCCACUGCAGCCUCAUCACUGCAGCAGUGUCAGGGACACACACAAAUCUCUUUCCUUAAAAGAGAAGAGUGUCUCCUGCAGCCUUGAGCCAUCUGUGGCUUGUGCAGGGUCACUGGGAUCAACUCUGUGGGAGCAUUGCUGGAGGCACAGAGGUUUUUGUCCCUUCUUCCCCUCCUGGCCCAGCUUUUUGUUUCUUUUUUCAAAAAGCUGCUCUGACAAGCACAAAGUGGCUUUGGUCAGCAGUUGGUGUGAGGUCCUGGGUGUGCAUGGGUGAGCUUAGAAGGACAUGGGCAAAUGGGUCUGAUUUUGCAUCAGUUGGAUGCUAAGUGGUGCCAGAAUUAGAUGAAGGACUUGCAGAUUUUUCAUCCUGACACAUUAUGGCUAAACACACUGCGAGACAAGUUUGGGUUCCAAGAGGCAGUUUUAGGGGUGUGAAGAAAGGGUCAAACAGCUCAUCAGUUGUCAAUGCCAAGUGUCCCAAAACCGUCCUUUAUUCACAAUUCCACCUGGCAUUCCAGGAGCCACCUAGAACUGGAGCUAAGGCGGGAAAGAGACAGAUGGUCUCACAGUCACCAGCGCAGCCAAGAAAGCAAAAAAGGCCCAAAGAAUUGGCUCAGACAGGUAAUGUGACUUGGGUUUUGGCUCGGGUUUGAGGUUCAGUUUCCCUUGGCUUGUUUGCUUUUACUGAGCUUUCUCAGGCAGUAAAUGGUUGUUGUUCAUGUGCCAUAACCAGAGGAGAUUUGCAAAGAUUUUUAUACACUCUGAACAGGCAGUUUGAAUUGCAAUGAGAACUGUGCAGUAACAGAGAUGGCUUCUGCAGUUCUUUGUUUCUCUCUGGUCUGCCUGAAUGGUGCAGACCAUUUUGUCUUUUUUGACCAGUAUUACACAACUUCAGUCAAGUGCUUUAGGCCUCGUGGCUCAGCUGUGACCACAUCUCAGCUGAGGAGAAGAGGAUUCUUUCUGUUGCUGGAUGGGAAAGUUUGUCUCUGGUCAGCUUUUACAAAACCUCUUCAGUCCAUCUUCAUUCUCAGCCUCUGCUGUGCAAAUAAGAACUGGUGGCUGUGGUGUUUUGGUAGCAGGAGGCCAUGGGACCCCUGCCCACCUCUGAGAGGCACUGAGAGCUGCUCCCAGGGGAAACUGGGACCCAGAUCACCCUCGGUGCCAAGGAGGGGCAGAGCAGUAUGCCAGACUAGCAGUGCCAGUUCUCCCCUUGCAGUGUGGCAGGAGUGAAACUGGACUUCUCCUCUAAUGCAGCUGAUGGGUGAGUGUUUCUUUUUGGCAGGAUGGGAAGCUCAAAGUCCAGGAAGGAAAUGCUCAACUGAAGCAGUCGCUGAGAGAGAACAGUGUCCUGCCACACAGGUAAGGAAGGAAACACAUCUCAUCUCUGCCUCUCCUUUCUCAAGUCCUGCUUUCCCUUCUCCAAUUUCUGUACCAACAGGGAGUUUGGAAUAGUCCAACUUCCCUUUCUAAGAAGGAUUUCCAACCUCAUGCCCUUUGAGUUCUAUGCUGCUUUUCCAUAGCUCUCAAAGGGAAGGAAGAGGUUCUGUUGUUUGUGUCUCUCCUAUUUAUUUUUGAAAUUUUUUCUAUCUAAAUCUGCUCUUAACUAUUUUUUCUGACUCAAGAAUCCUUGGUAAGCCAAGUGCAAGACCUUUGGAACUCAUGUCCAAAAUAUCUUUGGUGAGGGAAAGGAGAAGGAUGUUAGGGCCUCCUAAGGAGAAAGUGUUAGGGAAAGAGAACUUCCAAGUGUGAUUUUAAGAUGUGUAAAAUUGUGGUUCAGGUCACUUGUUUCCAAGCUGAAUUAUUGCAGAGGAGGAUUCUUGCUGCAGGAUUUGAGUAUCUAGUUUUAGGAGUUAAAAGGUGUUUUCAAAGCCCCUGGGCACAGCUCAGUGCUGAGGCUUUGGUUCGAGGAUGGAACAGCCCACUGGAAGUGCUCUGACUGUCAGGGCUCUGCUGUGCCCUCGAGGCACUCCCCACUGAGUUAAUCAGUGAGUUAAUCAAUGAGUUAAUCAGGAAAA